CUACUAAUGUAUUUUUCACUCAAACAUUGUGAUCCAUGCUUUAACUAUCCUUAAAUACAAUGUACUUUUGUCUACAUCAGAAACAUUUCUAAAAUGAUUACUAAUUAUGAUUACGUUUAAGUUUUGACCAAAUUGGCCCCUCCCUGAUUUUGUCACACCCCGUUUUACACAACUGAGAUGUCAAACUAGAAGUCAGGCACGUUCUGCUGAGGGCCAGGGACCAAACAAGGUGUCUCAGGGGUCAUCGUGGAUUGAAGCAAAACAGCUCUAAACCAACAAGAACUUCCGUUUGACACUACAGCUAUUUUUGCCGAGAGGCAAGUGAGUUUAAGGGGUCCAGAAGAGCGCAAAACCAUUUCAGGGAAGGACACAGACAAGGUGGAGCAGUUGCAUCAGGAGAGGAAACUGAUCUCCACUGGCAGCCACUUUGAGCUAACAGAUAAGACUUCCGUGCAGUUGAGGAUGGAGAGUUCAGGUUAUGAUGACAUCAUGAGCUCCAGAGGACAUUCAUCUCUCGGCCUAAGCCCCCCAUUUGACGACGAUGGAAUUCACUGGGCGGAGGAGCUCGAGGAUAUCAAACCUUCCCACAGUUUGUUGAGCCUCCCAUCUCUUAACUGCCCUACUGAUUAUGAAGAGUUAGCGAGUGAAGAACUGUGGAUGGCAGAGGCUGCCGCAAUUCCUGCUCAAGGUCUUGGACGUCCAGAGCCAAACCCGCCCACACUCAGCCCGGCUCAGAACCCUCCCAUUGACGUGCAGGGUAAAGCAGAGGACUACUGUCUGGAGCAGGUCCAAUCGAUGGUGGUGGCAGAAGUGCUAAGUGACGUCACGAAAGCCUGCAAGCUGCUCAACAUUGCACCAGACCCGCAAGAAUGGAGCUGCAUGCACGUUUACAAGUGGCUGCUGUGGACAGAGCACAUGUACGGACUGCCACAGAUGAGCGUGCUCUUCAAGGAGCUGAGUGGAAGGGACUUGUGCUCCAUGUCAGAGGCUAACUUCAGAGAACGUUCCUUGCAGUUUGGAGAUAUACUAUAUGCUCAUCUCGACAUCUGGAGAUCUGCUGCAGCAAUGAAGGACCUGUGGCCAGCAGAAGACUUUAAGUCAGCAAAUGACAGUUCUUGGUGCAAGUGCCCUAGUCAGCCAAUCCAUUUGUGGCAGUUCCUCCGGGAGCUGCUCCUCAAGCCGCACAACUACAGCCGCUGUAUUCGCUGGAUCAACAAAGAAAAGGGGAUCUUCAAAAUAGAAGACUCGGCUCAUGUGGCCAGGCUUUGGGGCAUCCGAAAGAACCGCCCAGCAAUGAACUAUGACAAACUGAGUCGAUCUAUACGUCAGUACUACAAGAAGGGCAUCAUUCGAAAGCCGGAUGUGUCACGCAGAUUGGUCUACCAAUUUGUAAAUCCUAUAUGACCGAGCUGUUUGUUGCAUCAGGUUGGCAACAAGCUGUAAAAAAUGAAGAUGUGCUGGACAUAAGCAUAAGAACUUGUAAGCUUCCUGAUGUACUUGAUAAUUUCAAUUGUAAAGACUGCCUACUAAAAUGUGCACUUCUGCCUAUUAGAAAAAAAAAAGUUUGUUUUAAAUCUUGCAUAUCACAUUCAUAAAUUCUUCCG